CGAGGGUGUCGUACGGCGAACGGCGCGGUCCGCGCGCCGAUCGCGCCCCUUAUCUUAUCAGCCCUUAUCAAUUUUUCAUCGCGAAACCGAUCGUGUUACUUCAGUUGACUCAACGUGCAAAAAGUGAUUGAGGUUCGAUUAAUCGAUCAUGUUUUGGAGAUUUUCUGUGAUCACACUGUUUAUAUUGUGCAUAAUUUUCAUUGUUGGAUAUGUGAGCGGUCAAGUUCAACAACAAAUUUUAAAUAAAUUGGCAUGCAUCGAACACGAAGAAUGCGGUCCCUGUUUGUCGGCUGCCUCGCAUUGCCGAUGGUGUGCCGACCCGUACUACAGCUCCAGUGUGCCACGGUGCAACGAUGAUGAGACGUUAGUCGCAGGUGGGUGUGCUCAAAACAUGAUUCAGCGUCCGUAUAAGGCGAUAUGGCACGUCGUUGAGAAUCACACUCUUCAAGAUAUCGCGCCUGACAGCCACGAGGCAGUUGUGCAAAUACAGCCGCAGAAAAUUAGGCUAUCGUUAAAACCGCGUGAGUCGAAGAUCAUCAAGUUUUCCUACAGACCUGCGAAAAAUUACCCUUUGGAUUUGUAUUACUUGAUGGACCUUACCUGGUCUAUGAAGGAUGAUAAAGAAACGUUGGUGUCUCUAAGAGACGAUCUUCCGUCCCUGCUGAAGAAUCUUACCGAUAAUUUUAGGUUAGGCUUUGGCAGUUUUGCGGAUAAACCGGUAAUGCCGUUCAUAAGUGUGGAUCCACGAAGACUUGCAAAUCCUUGCGCCGUUGAAGAAGAGGCCUGCGAAGCCACAUACAGCUAUAAACAUCAUUUAUCUCUGACAAAUCAGGUAAGUGAGUUUAUAGAGAAAGUAAACCGUAGUUCAGUGUCAGCCAACCUGGACAACGCAGAGGCGCAGUUGGACGCAUUAGUGCAAGCUAUCACAUGUGAUAAGGAAGUGGGCUGGUCGCUGCACAGCCGGAAAAUUGUCAUACUGCUGUCGGAUGGCUUGCUGCAUACUGCGGGUGACGGGAAAUUAGGUGGCGCCUCAAAGAAAAACGACGAGGAAUGCCAUCUUGAUAAAAACGGUUAUUAUUCUGAAGCCAGUACUUACGAUUACCCGUCCAUAGCGCAAGUGUACCGCCUCUUAGAUAAGUAUAAGGUGAACGUAAUUUUCGCGGUCACAGAAAACGUUAAAAGCCAUUACGACAGGUUGCACGAACUGUUAAGCGACUUUACUUACGUCGCUAAACUUGAGAGUGACAGUUCGAACAUACUAAAGCUAGUCAAGAUGGGAUAUGAAGACAUCGUGAGCGUUGUUGACUUCGAAGACGACACGAAUGCCGGCCCUGUAAAGGUUAAAUAUUUAACCGAUUGCGGAGUGAAAGGAGGUUCCAUGGAUGAAGCAACACGUUGCACUGGCGUUCAGUAUGGCAUGACGCUUAAUUACGAAGCUCAUGUCAGGUUGGAUUCUUGUCCGGAGUACAAAAAGUCUCGCCAAAUCAUCACGAUAUCUGAAAGUCAACUGGGUCAGGACUCGCUGACCUUGGAGGUGGAGAUCCAGUGCGGAUGCGAGUGUGAAGGAGACCUAAAGCAGGGUAUGCUGCUAACGUGCCCGGCCAAUUCGCACCUCGUUUGCGGUGUUUGCCAAUGCAAUAAGGGAUGGUCAGGCCCGUCAUGUGACUGCUCGAUCGAAGAUGAAGCCGCAUCGGCUGCUUUGUCAAGUCAAUGCCGUGAGCCCAACGUGACCCGCGCCAUUCCGUGUUCAGGCUCGGGAGAAUGUCUGUGCGGCCAUUGCGAGUGCGAUCCAGGCUCCAACGGCCGCUACUGCCAAUGUAAAUCUUGUCAAAAAAGUAGAACGAACAACGUAGAAUGCGGUGGAAUAGAGCGAGGCGUAUGCGUUUGUGGGAUCUGCGCUUGCGUCGAGGGUUGGAGUGGCGACUCCUGUGACUGUACGGACAACACGGACACAUGUGUCGCGCCGGGAUCUGAAGAAGUUUGCUCGGGACAUGGGGAUUGUGUUUGUGGUGUAUGUCAAUGUAACAAAGCAAACCAAGGAGGUACAUCAUAUUCCGGUGCCUUCUGUGAAACCUGUGCAACUUGUGAGAAUCCUCUGUGCGCCAACGCGGAGCCAUGUAUCCUGUGCCAUUUGAAUAGCAGUUGCACAGACAUUUGUACGAUAGGCAAUGUCAACUAUACAGUCAGCGAAAGGAUGAAUGAAGCAUCAAAUAUUGACGAUAUAUCCUGUAUACUGCGCCAAGAAGAAGACGGCAUGAAUUGCGAAUACAGGUACACAUAUAAAGCCGGAGUCAAAUCCAUGAUUUCAAUGGAAAUGGUUAUUACUACCAAGCAAUGUACGCAGCCGACCAGUGCCCAGAUUAUGACACACGCUCUCAUAAUAAUGGCAUGUGUCAUAACUAUAGGUGUCAUAGUCAUUUUAGGGGUCAAGUCAGCUCAAGUUGUCUCCGACAGACGCGCGUACGCCAAAUUUAUGCAGGAAGCCCAAGAAAGUAGGAAGCAUAUGCAAGAGUUGAACCCAUUAUACAAAUCUCCGAUUUCGGAGUUCAGGUUACCAGAGUCGUAUCCAAGAGAUCAGCACUUGUAGUUUUUAAGGAAUAUAUUCUUUAUUUUUUACCAAAGUACAAAAUGCAAAACAGUGUUUUCGAGUAACUAGUAUCGUCAUAUGAAAAUACCUGUUAGGAUCCUACAUAUGUCAAGCAGUAGAAUCCCCUUAAGCUUUGUGCCACUUGCAUCAAUCUUUGCAGCUUUGCAGCGACGGUACUUUACAGAACAGCUUCUCAUCUCGCACCAAGCUCAGGCUUACUUGUGUAUGGAGAAAUUCUUCCAUUUAUGGGAUGCUUCGAACUAGCUCGAUGCAUGGGAUUGCGGUGCACAGACUCAUUAGAAACCUAGCAACAAAAACUUCAAAAAUGAAAGUUUUGAACAUCGUCGGAAAGUUGCCUUCAGUUGUUAUACUACUAGAUAUGUUCAAGACAGAGACAGUGCUCAAGAACUGCUUAAUUUAGCUCCCGCUUCACCUUUUCAUUCGAAAUACGGGGCAUUGUAAGAAACUGCACCGGUACGCAGUUGUUACCUAUCCAUGGACACGUACCAAGCGCUUUGCUUCCUCGUUUCUAUUUUGCACCUCAAACAGCCGAAAUGUUACUUCAAAUCAAGAGGGCUGUGAAAUACAGGCCCUUAACUUUAGGCUGCAUCAGUACUUACCGUUUAUGCUUAUGACAGCCAAGAGCAAUAAAUAAAAUUAAAAUUCUAAAUUAAAAUGAUAAUUAAGUUUAUAUAUUACAAGGAGUUCUCAGUACAAGCCUGGAGUUGAGAAAUUAGCGGUUUCAAUCCCCGUGCCUUAGAGAGCACUUUGAAAAGUCUGCAUUGGUUAUUUUCACCGACUUGUGAUAAUAGUCGUUAAAUGUCUUUAUCUCUCCUCACUCCCUGCGACUCGAUUAAAGUCGAAUUUGUAAUGCGUAUGACCAAUGCUGCGUCUUCCAGUGCGUCGCCACUCCAGAAACACUUCCAGUCAGUUUUGUAUGUAAAAGUCCUCCACGUACUCCCCACGUAUAUUGUUCAACUGUUGAUUGCUUAUGAGUAUUGGUAACCUGCUGCGGUUCUAUAUUUGUUUCCAGUGGGUGAUCAAUUCAACCGAUUGACGUCCACUGUUGGACAUAGGUCUUUUGGAGGGAGUUCCACAAUCCAGGGUCCUGGGCCGCUUGUUUUCAGAGGCUCUCAGCGACUCGCUUGAUGAAGUCUGUCCAACAUUUACGGGUACGGGGUCGCCAUUCCAGCACCUUAGGACUCCACAACGUCCAUCAGUUCUCCGAGCUAUGGAGCCCCACCCAUUGCCACUUUACCUUCGCGACUGGCUAAGCCAUUAAAGAUUUUAAACUAAGAUUUUCGUGUUUAAUCAACAUUUCU